UUUUUUCUUUUUUUUUAAAAAAAAACUUUUCGCUUCAUGAUGCAUAAUGUAUGAAAAGGGUCUUACGAGUCAAAAAAACUCGGCAUCAAAGUAUGAUUUUGUCAAAGUCCGUGUCCAUCUUUCUGAACAACAUUAUUAUGUCCUUUCUCGAUUUAUUCUUUGUCGUAUGUUGACUGCCGCUCAAAUUAAUUAUGUUCAUGCCCUUCGUAUUGCUUUGGAUCUGAAGAAACGUUUAGUCGAUAAAGGUUGUUUGGAUGUCUCUCAACAGAAUCUUGAAAGGGAAUUGUUUGAUUUGAUUAAACAACAUGGUUAUGGUGCUAUGCAUAUUCAAUGGUAUCAAACCAUGUCAAGUUUUCAUCAUCAACGUAUUCCUCUUGUUAUUUUAUUGGCUGGUACAAGUUUAACAGGCAAAUCUACUAUGGCAACUCGAUUAUCUGAACGACUUAAUUUAUCUUCUGUCUUGAAAACGGAUGUGAUUUAUGAUUUAAUGCAUACUAUUAUCGAAGGAACAACGCCACCAAGAUUAUGGAAUAUGAAUGGAGAUCGUAAUACUUUUUUACGUAGAAUGACCAAAGAAUGUCAAUUGGUAUGUAAAGGACUUGAUACAGACGUAUGUAAAUCCAUUGCUGAUGGAAAAUCAGUGAUUAUUGAAGGCGAUCUUGUGGAUCAUGGUUUAUUGGAUAGAUUAUACGAAUAUCUCAUACAACAACAUGGACAAAAACAACAGGCAAUUGUGGUACCGUUAUUAUUGACAGUGGCAGAUCCAACAAAACAUCAAGAAUUGGUACAACAAAGUCGUCGUUUUUCAACACAAACCGAUGACAAUGUAAUACUAGAUAGAAUGCGUGCUUGGCAAGAUCAACUAUUGGCCAUUCAUCAUCAACGUCAACAACAAGCUCAGCCCACUUUUCAAGUCGUACAGAUGGACAUGGAUCGUUUGCCUUUGAUUUUGGAUCAAGUUCAGGCCAUUGUUUUGGAGAAAAUCACCUUGGAAAUGUCUUCUUCCUAGUAUAAUUUAUUCAUUUUGUAGAUAAUAAUGUUUAUAUAUAUUUAUAUGUUACCUAUCGAAAUAAAAUAAAAAUUGUUAUCUAUUUAUCUUUU